AUGUAUUUAACAUUCUCCAGAAAAUCUGUGUCACAGAAACUGAGCAUUUUACUUCUUGCCUUUGGUUUUGUUUGGGGAUUGAUGUUGCUACGCUACACGUUUCAGUAUCCUAGGCAUCAGAGCAGCUCAGAGCUCCGACAGCAGAUAUUAGACCUGAGCAGAAGAUAUGUCAAGGCCUUAGCUGAAGAGAAUAAGGAUCUUGUAAAUGGUGGGAAUGCAGGAUCCAUGGCAGGAUAUGCUGAUUUGAAGAGGACAAUUGCAGUUCUUCUGGGAGAUAUCCUGGAACGCCUCGGGAAGCUAGAAAACAAAAUUGACUAUUUUAUUGUGAAUGGAUCAUCCAGUAACAGUACUAACAGCACCACUGGGAAUCCAGUUUUAACUACUAGCAAACGCAUCCCAGCCACUGGAAAGAGAUGA